AACCUUAGGGAUGUUGUUUCUAUACAGCAAGACGGUAAUGUCGACAUUAUUACACAACAUAGAGAGGAUCUGAUUUUUGACAAAAUUGGCCGUCUUGUUGAACAUUGGCGUGUAGAACGGUUGGUGGCUCAAACGUCACAACAAAUUCGGGGAAUUCAAAUUGUUCAAAUAGCUCCUGGAGGUCCUCUAACUGCUGUUGUUACUCCAAAAAAAGAAAAUGCCCUAAACAUUGCUGAAUUUAAAAAGGAGAUGAUUGAUAUAUGCCGUGAAAAUCGGGUUAGAUUUUUUUUAAUUUUAAAAAAUUUUCUUGUCUUUAAAUUUAAGUUGGAUCCCCCUGAACAAGUUGUGGUACUCUCAGAAUUUCCUAGAGUAAAUACAAAAAUUCAAAAGUUCAAAAUUCGACAAGAUUUGAAGAAUAAUAAAUUGAAAAUUUGGUGA